AUGGACGAACUUGGUGCCGGUAAUAAGGGUUUCGCAGAGCGCGAACGAUUAUUCAAAAACGGCUCCAGCGUUGAUUUAUUGGGACACCUUCAUUGCGACGUGUUCGAUCAGGAGAAAUUCCUUCUAAACGGCGUGGAGUUGCGAUUGCGUCUGGUGAGAUCGCGGGACGCCUUCUGCAUCAUGGAAACCACCAACACCCACACGAUGCACAUUCUAGAGGCCACUCUGCUCGUUCGACGAGUCACGAUAAACCCUGGCGUGUUGUUGGCGCACGCCAGAGCUCUGGUGAAAGGGACGGCCAAGUAUCCGCUCACCAGGGUCGAGGUCAAGGCAAUGACGAUUCACGGCGGGGUGCACGGAGAAACGUUGGACAACGUGUUUCUCGGCCAGCUGCCGAAGAGAAUAAUCAUCGGAUUCGUCGAUAACAAGGCCUUCAACGGCGACCGAACGCGCAACCCGUUCAAUUUUCAACAUUUUAAAACCAACUUUCUGUCUCUGUACGUCGACGGCCAGCAAAUACCCUCGGAACCCCUGCAACCGGACUUUACGAAAUCAAGAUUAUACGUGGACGCGUACCAAACGUUGUUUUCCGGAACUGGCAUUCAUUUUCUAAACGAGGGAAACGGAAUCAGCCGGGCGGACUACCCCUACGGUUAUUGUCUGACCGCGUUCGAUCUCACACCCGAUUUAUCGGCGAACAGCAACACGCAUUGGAAUUUGGUCAGACACGGCAGCGUUCGAAUAGAGGUACGUUUCGAAGAGGCGCUCGAGAAGACGAUAAACUGCGUCGUGUACGCAGAAUUCGACAAUAUUUUGGAAAUUGAUUCGAGUCGUCAAGUUAUCGUGGAUUUCGGUGGCUGA